AUGGAUCCUGUCCAACCACCCUUCAGGGGCUCUUCUGUGAACCCAUCUCAGUGUGUACGGAUGCCUGGCUCUUGGCCACAAGCUCCUAAACCUUUGGACUCAGCGCUGGGCAGGGCAGGAUCUACAGGCAGAGGCCAUGUAUUUGGGAAGCCAGGGGAACCAAGCCCACGGAGUGGGCCAGCACAAAGGGAAUGUGUGGAUUUGGUCUCCAUGUUCCGAGGACUGGGCCUUAAAACAGUGUCUCGGACCCCUCUGAAACGGGAAAUGCCUCCAUUAGGUAGAGGCAUUUUAGGUCGAGGCUUGUCUACCAGUAUGGUACGCAAGGACAAAGAAGAACCCCAUCCCACUUUUCCGGAUCCUUCAGUGCUGGCAGCUGGGGAUAACAAGAUGGCAGAGGCCUGUGUUGGUUGGAAUAGAAUGCUUGGAAGAGGGAAUUCGGAUAUGUCUUUAUUCCCUUUGGGAAGAGCAGCUGGUGGUAUAGGCAGAGGAGUAUACAAGGCUCCUGCUACUCUCAGCUUGACUUCUCGGGAUCCUGCCCAGCUGUCAUCACCACCACCUCUGCCCCCAUCCUCACCACACUCUCUGGAUCACCCUCUACUUGGGACUGUAGAACACAAGGGAAAAGAGCUUUUUGUGAAGCAAGGAUCAAAAGGUACACCUCAAUCUUUGGGAUUGAAUCUUAUCAAAAUACAGUGUCAUAAUGAAGCAGUCUAUCAAUAUCAUGUGACUUUCAGCCCCAAUGUGGAGUGCAAAAGCAUGAGGUUUGGCAUGCUGAAGGACCAUCAAGCUGUCACCGGCAACGUUACUGCUUUUGAUGGAUCCAUUCUCUAUCUGCCUGUUAAACUUCAGAAACAAGUCCUUGAGUUAAAAAGUCAAAGGAAAACUGAUGAUGCAGAGAUCAGCAUUAAGAUUCAAUUGACAAAGAUCCUGGAGCCCUGUUCUGACUUGUGCAUUCCCUUCUACAAUGUUGUUUUCCGUCGGGUAAUGAAACUUCUAGAUAUGAAGCUUGUAGGGAGAAACUUUUAUGACCCUACAAGUGCUAUGGUUCUACAGCAGCACAGGUUGCAGAUCUGGCCGGGCUAUGCAGCUAGUAUCCGAAGAACAGAUGGAGGUCUUUUUCUGCUAGCUGAUGUCUCCCAUAAGGUCAUUCGGAAUGAUUCAGUGCUGGAUGUAAUGCAUGCCAUGUAUCAGCAGAACAAAGAAAACUUCCAGGAUGAGUGCACUAAGCUUCUGGUUGGCAAUAUUGUUAUAACCCGAUACAACAAUCGUACCUAUCGCAUUGAUGAUGUGGAUUGGAAUAAGACACCAAAAGAUAGCUUCACAAUGUCUGAUGGGAAGGAGAUCACAUUCUUGGAAUACUACAGCAAAAACUAUGGGAUCACAAUUAAGGAAGAGGACCAGCCACUGCUGAUCCACAGGCCCAGUGAGAGACAGAAUAACCAAGGGAUGCUGCUGAAAGGCGAAAUCCUGCUGCUGCCUGAGCUUUCAUUCAUGACUGGAAUCCCUGAGAAGAUGAAGAAGGACUUCAGAGCCAUGAAGGAUUUAACCCAGCAGAUCAACCUGAGCCCCAAACAGCACCAUAAUGCUUUGGAAUGCUUGCUGCAGAGAAUUUCGAAGAAUGAGACAGCUAGCAAUGAAUUGGCGCGCUGGGGACUCUGUCUCCAGAAGGAUGUACAUAAGAUUGAAGGACGUGUUCUGCCAAUGGAAAGAAUUAACUUAAGAAAUACUUCAUUUAUCACAUCUCAGGAACUAAACUGGAUUAAGGAAGUAACCAGAGACCUUUCCAUCUUGACUGUCCCCAUGCAUUUCUGGGCACUGUUUUACCCAAAGAGAGCAAUGGAUCAGGCCCGAGAACUGGUUAAUAUGUUGGAAAAGAUAGCUGGCCCCAUUGGUAUGCGCCUGAGCCCACCAGCCUGGGUUGAACUAAAGGAUGAUCGAAUUGAGACCUAUGUCAGAAGCAUUCAAUCCAUGCUAGGAGUUGAGAGGAAGAUACAGAUGGUUGUUUGCAUCAUCAUGGGAACACGUGACGAUCUCUAUGGGGCUAUUAAAAAGCUGUGCUGUGUGCAGGCUCCUGUGCCCUCACAGGUCAUCAAUGUUCGAACCAUUGGUCAGCCAACCAGGCUUCGGAGUGUGGCCCAGAAAAUUUUACUUCAGAUUAAUUGUAAAUUGGGUGGUGAGCUCUGGGGAGUGGAUAUUCCUCUGAAACAAUUAAUGGUGAUUGGGAUGGAUGUUUACCAUGACCCCAACCGAGGCAUGCGCUCCGUGGUUGGCUUUGUUGCAAGCAUCAAUCUCACACUCACAAAAUGGUAUUCACGAGUGGUGUUCCAGAUGCCUCAUCAGGAGAUUGUGGAUAGCCUGAAGCUAUGCCUGGUGGGUUCCUUAAAAAAGUUUUAUGAGGUGAACCACUGUCUCCCAGAGAAGAUUGUGGUAUACCGUGACGGAGUGUCUGAUGGCCAACUAAAGACAGUUGCCAACUAUGAGAUUCCUCAGCUACAGAAGUGUUUUGAAGCUUUUGAGAAUUAUCAGCCCAAGAUGGUAGUAUUUGUAGUUCAGAAGAAAAUCAGUACCAAUUUGUACCUGGCUGCUACCGAGCACUUUGUGACUCCCUCCCCUGGGACUGUGGUAGAUCAUACCAUAACAAGCUGUGAGUGGGUGGACUUCUACCUUCUUGCCCAUCACGUACGGCAGGGUUGUGGCAUUCCUACCCAUUAUGUCUGUGUUCUCAACACUGCAAACCUGAGUCCUGAUCACAUGCAGAGGUUGACUUUCAAGCUGUGCCACAUGUACUGGAACUGGCCUGGCACCAUCAGAGUCCCAGCUCCCUGCAAGUAUGCCCACAAGCUAGCUUUUCUGUCAGGACAGAUCUUGCAUCAUGAACCAGCCAUCCAGCUGUGCGAAAACCUGUUCUUCCUGUGA